UGUGGUGCUGUGCUCCCUGAGCUGAGGGGGAGCCGGUGUUUAAUGUGGGGCAGCGACUGCAGCACAGACAGGAGGAGGAGGAGCAGUGCCGGAGAGCCACCGGGAAACCAGUCAGAAGUUUGUCCUGACGACUCCGAUCACAAAAGAUAUUCCGCUGUGGAGGAAGAAGAGUGUCACAAAUAGUAGGAACCGUAACAUAUCGUUGUAACUCCCACACAAGUCUCCGAUAUCAGUAGUCUGACCCCAAACGGAUUCUGACUUGCACUAUAUCAGAAGGGUGACCAGCAGUGUUGAAGUACUUGAAGGAUUCUUAUUUGAAAACCCAACAAAGAAUCUGUUGUCUAUGCAGCAACCUCUAUCAACUGAAUAUGGAGCACCUCUGCAGAACAGCAGUACUGCUCCAGAACUUUACCAGCAAGUGCCCAAUAAAGCAUCACGUCCACCCAUCACUGGACCGUGUGACUUCACCUACUACCAGAAUAACUACCAAGCGUCUGGCCAGAACAUGGUUACACCUUCCCUGUGUCCGUCAUCAUUGGGUACUUCUCAAGGAUCUAGUCAGAUGUAUACCACACUUCCAUUGGCUCCUUCAUCAAUUAGUCCUCCGGGUCCUCACCAGACCAUUAUCAGACCUCCCUUAAGUUCUCCUCAGCAAACAAAUUACUCUACGGGUGGACAAUAUCCUCGCCAAGUUCCCUAUAAUGUACCUUCUCAGGGAGUUGCUCUUCAUUCUGCUCCUAUUGCUAAGAAUGCUUAUCCUGGAUUAUCUUAUAAUGCCAUGCCAUCUUUCAGUAGCCAUUAUAAUGUCCCUUUAACUUCACAGACUAUUCACCCCACAACCAACCAGCCUCUCCUCCCCGCUACCAACCAGCCUCUCCUCCCCGCUACCAACCAGCCUCUCCUCCCCGCUACCAACCAGCCUCUCCUCCCCGCUACCAACCAGCCUCUCCUCCCCGCUACCAACCAGCCUCUCCUCCCCGCUACCAACCAGCCUCUCCUCCCCGCUACCAACCAGCCUCUCCUCCCCGCUACCAACCAGCCUCUCCUCCCCGCUACCAACCAGCCUCUCCUCCCCGCUACCAACCAGCCUCUCCUCCCCGCUACCAACCAGCCUCUCCUCCCCGCUACCAACCAGCCUCUCCUCCCCGCUACCAACCAGCCUCUCCACCCCGCUACCAACCAGCCUUUUUUCCUUGCUACCAACCAGCCUCUCCACCCCACUACCAACCAGCCGAUAGUUGGUAUCUUGCCCAGUCAUGUGAAACCACUGCCAGAAACUGGACCAAGACAAACGCAAACAUCUUUUCGGCCAGUUUCUGUUGGAAGUACUGCUGCAUCAUGGCAAUCCCCAUCUGUAGGAUCAACAACAACGCCAACCACUCUGAUUGCCAAACCUUCUGCGAACAGUCAAACAAACAAAGGUUCGAUAUCCCAUCACAUCAACCAAAGUUAUCAGCUUGGCAGACCAAAUGUAGGACAGUUUCCACCAGUUGGGACUCCUCUUGCAAGACAUCCACCUACUUCAGUUGGUCCACCUGUAUCUGCCUCUGCACCACCAGCUUCUGCAUCAGAGGCACAAGAAGGCAUGCACUAUGGAUAUGUUGCUAAUAAUCAAGUUAAUUCAGCACCAAGUCCCUUGUCAUCAACUUCAGAUGAUGAGGAUGAUGAUGAUGAAGCAGGUGUGGAUGACUCCUCUUCCUCUACAUCCACUAACACUUCACUUCCCAAUAACUAUGAUACUUUGGAAGGCGGAGGAUACCAAGAUACACCAGCUUCAACCACUGCGGCCUCUUUUCCUCCUGACCCACAUACAUUAAAGACUACUAAGCCAUUUGGCUAUACAUAUCCAACACUUCAGACUGGCUACCAGAAUGUGGCUACUGUUACGCAGCCCACUGGUCCAGGGUAUCCUCCAGCCCCCCAGCAGUUUCCUCAGACUUAUCCUGGUGUUAAACAGCUUUUACCAGCAAUGGAGGGUCUUGGAUUGCAGAAUAACCAGCAGGCAGAAGCUCUGAAGCUUGUGAGUCUGCUUCAAGAUAGGAAUAUUCUUCCACCCGUUCCACUCCAGAGCCCUCAACCCAAUUUAAGUCCAGAACUGAGAAAAGUUAACUGCAGCCCUGACUUAUUCCGAUGCACCUUAACAAACAUCCCUCAGACCCAAAAUUUGUUGAACAAAGCAAAGCUUCCUCUUGGGUUAUUGCUGCAUCCCUUCAGAGACUUGACGCAUUUGCCUGUGAUUACGUCCAGUACCAUUGUGAGAUGCCGAACCUGCAGAACGUACAUUAACCCAUUUGUAUCCUUCCUUGAUCAAAGGAGGUGGAAGUGCAACCUAUGCUAUAGAGUCAAUGAUGUACCUGAAGAAUUUAUGUAUAAUCCUUUGACGCGUUCCUAUGGGGAGCCACACAAACGACCAGAGGUUCAAAAUGCAACAGUAGAGUUCAUUGCUUCUUCAGACUACAUGUUGCGACCUCCUCAGCCUGCUGUCUACCUCUUUGUUUUUGACGUCUCCCAUAAUGCGGUGGAAUCAGGAUAUCUGAACAUUUUCUGUCAGUCACUGUUAGAAAACUUGGAUAAGUUACCUGGAGAUUCAAGGACCAGGAUAGGAUUUAUUACAUUUGACAGCAGAGUUCACUUCUUCAACUUACAAGAAGGGUUGUCACAGCCUCAAAUGCUGAUUGUGUCAGAUAUUGAAGAAAUCUUUAUACCUACUCCAGACAGUUUGCUGGUAAAUCUACAUGAAAGUAAGGAGCUUGUUGUAGACUUACUGAAAACACUACCAAAAAUGUUCACAAACACAAGAGAGACCCACAGCGCGCUUGGCCCUGCUCUACAGGCUGCAUUUAAACUUAUGUCUGCGACAGGAGGACGUAUCUCUGUGUUCCAGACACUACUACCAUCUAUAGGUGCCGGGUGUCUGCACUCCAGGGAAGAUCCCAACCAGAGAUCCAGCACAAAGGGGGUGCAGCACCUUGGCCCAGCCACAGACUUUUAUAAAAAGCUUGCUCUGGACUGUUCCGGCCAGCAGGUCGCAGUGGAUCUGUUUCUACUCAGUGGACAAUAUGCCGAUCUAGCCUCAUUAGCGUGCAUGUCAAAAUAUUCUGCUGGAUCCAUCUUCCAUUAUCCCUCAUUCCAUCACAUUCACAAUCCUGCCCAAGUGGAGAAGUUUCAGAAGGAUAUCAAGCGCUAUCUCACUAGAAAAAUUGGUUUUGAGGCUGUCAUGAGGAUACGUUGUACGAAAGGUCUUUCCAUUCACACUUUCCAUGGAAAUUUCUUCGUACGUUCUACUGAUUUGCUGUCGCUCGCUAAUGUCAAUCCUGAUUCAGGAUUUGCAGUACAGAUGUCUAUCGAAGAAAGUCUGGUCGACACAUCCAUUGUAUGUUUUCAGGCAGCCUUGCUUUACACUUCAAGCAAAGGUGAGCGUCGUAUUCGAGUGCACACGUUGUGUUUACCUGUUGUGAGCUCCACGGCUGACGUUUAUGCUGGAGCAGAUAUCCAGGCGAUCAUUUGCCUUCUGGCAACCAUGGCUGUUGAUCGAUCUAUUUCAUCAAGUCUACCCGAUGCUAGGGACGCCUUGAUAAAUGCUGCGAUAGAUUCUUUAUCUGCCUACCAUUCAACCGUCUCUAACCUCCAACAAUCUGUAUUAGUGGCUCCGUACUGCCUCAGGCUGUUCGCCCUCUAUGUUCUGGCUCUUCUGAAGCAGAAAGCGUUCAGAACUGGCACCAGCACUCGUUUGGAUGAACGGGUAUUUGCCAUGUGUGAGAUGAAGAUUCAGCCACUGGUUCAUCUGAUGCUCAUGAUUCAUCCCUGCUUGUACAGAAUAGACAAUCUAUCUGAUGAGGGUUCCAUCAACGUCAGCGACAGAACCAUUCCCCAGCCACCUAUUAUACAACUUUCUGCAGAAAAACUGUCACGGGAAGGUGCUUACUUGAUGGAUUGUGGUUUUGCUUUGUAUCUCUGGAUCGGAAAGAGUUGCUCCGCAAACUUUAUAAGUGAAGUGCUUGGCUUUUCGAACUACUCUUCAGUACCACAAAACAUGACUCAGCUGCCAGAAUUGAACACAGCUUUAUCUCAAAGAACAAUAAAUUUUAUUUCCUGGCUUCGAGAAAACAGACCGCUCUUUCCAAUUCUUUAUAUUGUGAAGGAUGAGAGUCCAUCCAAAGCAAACUUUUUACAGAACUUGGUGGAAGACAGAACUGAAUCUGCAUUAUCAUAUUAUGAGUUUCUUCUUCAUAUUCAGCAGCAAAUCUCCAAAUAAAAGUUGUCGUUUCAGUGAGUUGAAACUGCUCAGUGAUCUCGUUUUGGGAAGGGAAGGGUGGGAAACAGUACUGUCAUCCGAAGCAGUCAUGUUUACCUUGGAGGAUAAAUUUUAUGUUACGAUAUGAGAUGAAUAACUUAACAGUGUUUCAGUCCUGAUGGAGGUUUUCACAUCAUUGAUAGAAAUAUCACAAAAAAGUUGGUCAAUGAAACUUAGUAACCUUGCAGAAUCAAUUCUUGGAAGUUACUACACUGUAAUGUUAUGUGUUUCUGCUCUGUGUGACUGUGAAGAUGUAAAUGCCAUUGUAUUUAUAUAUUAAUGGCAUUGAAGAACGGGCUGAAAUGUUUACAUCUAGAUAGAGCAGGAGUUGUAGAGGCCUUGCUCCUUACUACAAAUAGAAUGGAUUUAUUUAUUACCUUGUACAAGCCCUAUUUCUUCUACAAAAUUUCAUAAAGCAGCUUGAUCUAAAUUAAUUUUGCUAUGUGUAAAGUAUCAGUGUAACGUUUUGAUUUUCACUGGUAUUGGCAGUGGUAGAGGUGGUGAUUAUAUGUGCUUAGACAGUUAGGAAUUUUUACUGGAUUGUUGUAAUCAAAUGCAGACUACGGUCGAUUUACAGAAUAAGAUCACUUGCAGGAGGAUCGUUGAAUGUGGUUUAGAGAUGCACAUUAUAAAAUACAAUGUGUACAUAGAAAACUUAACAAACUUUGUAAAGUAAUGUACAAAAGGUAUCUACCUAAAUUUAGGUUUCAUUGAAAAACAAGUGAAUGAGUGAACUGUAUGGGACAGUGUUGAAUGUUAAUAUGAAUAAAUUCCUCCUGCCUGAGUCAGGCCGUGUGAGACUGCUGAGAGGACCUGAAUGCAGGUAUUUCUGUGCCAUUCUUCCAGUUCAACUGGCAAAGACUCGCCUGCAUUAAAAAGAAAGUUUCCUUUGUAAUUCUGUUUUUGCUUCUUUUAUGUGGAAUUAAUUUAUGACUGGCUAUUGAUUAAAAUAAUUCUGUUUGAUUAUUUUUAAAACAAAAAAAAUGUUGGUAUAAUCUGUGUAUACUUGUUUAAUCUUAUAAAACCAUAUUUGUCUGCCUAGAGCUAGUCAAAUGGAUAGGCCAUAUAUUAAGUGUACAUCAAAUGCCCACAAUAAACGUCACAUGACAAUGGGUGACCAUUUUAAAGGAAGAACUAAACUGUAAACCGCUAGGAAGCAGAAACAUUGAACACCUGCAACACAGUUGUAGCUGAAUAAAUGUACAGAUUCCAACAUGAGGUUCAGUAUAUUUACAUACUGAUUAAUUCCUUGAACCUCUAGAAUCUGUAAUCAGUACUAUUUUCUACCACCAUUAAUUUGCAAAAUAUCAGGUGGUAUUCAAUUCAUCCUGGGACAUAAAGUUCAUUGCUGAAUUAGCGAGAUCUAAUAAAAGUGCACAUGAGAGAAUGGCCUCUUGUAUCCAACUGAGACUUCAGGACUGGGAGCAGGCAGACAGCAAGUGAGGAGCAAGUCUUAAGAAAUAGGGAGCUUAUGUGAUGCCCAAACCCCAGCAAUCCCCAUAGCCUGUGGAGUCUGUUUGUGUGUUGAAUCUGGAGAACCUUGGUGAGAAUUGAAUCUGGGAAAUUAAUGGAGAGGAGCCAGUUCAAGAUAAGGUAUUUAGCCAGUUUCUGAUUGGAAGCAAUUCAAGAUGGUAGUUUGUGAAUUAGCAAAUGGAGGCAGGGGAAGGCCGCGUAAGAGUUUUGAAUUGGCUCAGAUUGUAUUGGUUGGAGGGAUAAAUACACCAGUCCAGUCAAGAUAAAGAUCUAUGAUUGUUAGUGAAGAAAUAGUGAAUCCCGUGGCUUGUAUGUGGUUAAAAUAAAGUCUUGUCAAAUUGACAAAAUAUUUUAA